UAUUAUUAUUUAUUUAUACAGUUGUUUGUAGAAAAAUUUUUCCUUCAUUAGCAGAAAUUCUGAAGAUUAGGUCUUACAUAUCAUGCCAGGUCCCAUAAUUCAAGGUGAAACCAUUUGUUGUGUUUGCACUCAGGAGGUCGAACAUCCUGCUCAAUUGUUAGCUACAAGGUGCAAUCAUUAUUUUCACCACGCCUGCUUUAAUACUCGCACUGACAAUAGGAAUUUGUGCCCAGUGUGUCGAACUGUAUUAAUAAGAUCUUCUAUGAAUCUUGCUGAAGAGUUGGAAGCAGCCAGUUCAAGUGCAAAUAUGAGAACUAGAGGGCAAGCGAAAGCCGCGGCGGCGGUCGCAUCGGCAAAUUGCAAUGUAGAAAAUUCUACUGAUAUUGGUAGCAGGUCCAGCUCGCAGCCAAGGCAGCCGACUCCAAUUCCACAAGCUCCGCAACCGGUUGUAGUUCAGAGUCCAAUAGCUCAGCCAGCAGCAAGUGCUGUUGGCCAAGAAAUACAACAGACAAUUGCGGCUGCGAUAUCAGCAGCAUUAGUACAGCAGACGCAGAUACUAUCGCAGGUGCUGGAGAAUGGGUUUCAGAGAGUAGCUCAGCAAAGACUAGCUGCACAUAAUGAACAAUUUCAAUCCGUUCCUAGACCUUCUCCACCAUGUCCACAGCAUCAAAGCUUUGAGGAGUUGUUUGGAUUACCAAAUCGGCUAGAUACGAAUCCGUUGGUAAAUCCGAGGGCGCCACAAGUUGGUGCCAACUCUUCGCCAUUGGGUUCUCAGCUGAGUAAUAGUCUGCGACCCGACAGAAUUAGCCAGAUUAUUGCUAAUUGGAAGCUGAGGUACUCUGGACAUUCGUCUAUGUCGAUAGAAGACUUUCUAUAUCGAGUAGAGUCACUGACUCGACAAACGCUGGACGGAGACUUUGAGUUGCUAGCAAGAUAUGCGAGUAACUUGUUUGAGGGUAGAGGAAGUGAAUUUUUCUGGAGGUACCACAAAAGUGUGACCGAAGUUCGUUGGGCAGACUUAUGCAAGGCAUUGAAAACUCAGUUUACGGAUGGCAGAACCGAUUUGGAGAUUCGAACAGCUAUUUCGCAACGAAAGCAGAAAGCCAACGAAUCAUUCGAUCAGUUCUACGAAGCCAUUGUGGCAUUAGUAGAUCGUUUGAUCAGCCCAAUGAGUGAGCAGUCCAUACUGGAGGUCUUGCGAGCCAAUUUGCUCUCUGAUAUUCAGCACGAACUAUUGUAUGUGCCAAUAUUCAGCGUUGAGCAGUUGCGUCACACUGUUCGUACGCGAGAGAGGUUUUUAAAAACCAUUUCAAUGCCAUCAUCAAUUCCAAGAGGUUUACCGAGACGGUAUGUAAGUGAAGUCACGGUUCAAGCCACAAUGCAUGAAGAGGAUGAUGUUGCAGAGCCAGAGAAUCUGGAGGUGGAUGCUCUGACACUUUCAUGUUGGAAUUGUGGGAAGAGUGGUCAUAGAUACCAAGAUUGUGUAGCCGUACGUAAAGUAUUUUGCUACGGUUGUGGUAAGCGUGACACUUAUCGACCCAGUUGCACGAAGUGUGCAAUUCCAACUAAACCUGUAGGUGCGCGCACCGUUAACAAGUGCACGCAAACAAGUCUCAAAGGGUACCAACCCCGAGUAUGUGAAGAUAACAGUUUAUCCAACAUAGUUUCUGAAAUUCAAAUAAACCCGGCCAGAUCUAUUAGUUCGGAUGUAGAGAAUGUUUGCAAUUCAGGUGUUCGCAAUAAACAGCGGAAGGGGAAUUGCAUAAUAAGCAAUAAGGAGGAAAAGAGAGCUGUAUUAGCGUCAAUAGUAGACAUCACUGGUGAUCCUCGUCCUUAUGCCCAAGUCAAGAUGCUAGGCAAAACGAUAACUGGGUUAAUGGACACGGGCGCUACUAUUAACUGCAUUGGUGGGAAGUUAGCUGAGGAAAUACUAGCAAACAACACCGAAUAUACGCAACUAUCGUCAUCGGUGAAAACUGCUGAUGGAAAUAGGCAGCGAAUUUGUGGCAAAUUGAGUGUUCCUGUCCAAUUUAAGGGCAAGAUACAAGCACAACGAUUUUAUAUCGUACCAACUUUGUCACAAGACGUAUAUUUGGGUAUUGAGUUUUGGAGAGAUUUCAAGCUAUUGCCAAUAUGUUUGAUGCACCCGGCUGACACUGAUAGAAUUGCAUCAAUUACCUUUGAUAAUUCGCAGCAACUCGAGUUGACAUCGGAGCAACAAACAGAACUGGCAAAUUUCAUGCGAAGGACCUUAAGCAAUAAUCGCUUAUCUUCGCACCAUUGCUAUUAAGCUACCUCCAAGCGGGUAUCCCACUUUGUCGUUACAACGACUAAGUGUGAUUUUGCCAGGGGGAUGUGUAAUAGGCCGCUUGUCGUAUUUGAAAUUGAAUACACCACAGACAGGCACCAACACAAGGAAAGAUCUUUCUGCGUGGGAGUCUCUAAUGUAUGUAAGUCUGUUUCACUCUAACUAAUUAAUAAUACAUGAGCUACAGCUAAAGCUUCCCUUUUGUUGGUGGUCCAUCUGACCAUAGCGCUGCUACAGCUGUCUGCAGUCCCAGCGGUCAGUGACCUUGCGAGACUGGCAAUAGCAAAACAUUUCAUUGAGUGACAGCCAUCAGCUGAUCCUCAUUUUUACUUGCAUCUAGUGUUUGCCUAUAUUCGGUGUGAUGGUCUAACAUUGCAUUUCUAAAUGAACCAAAACUAGUUCAUUUUAGCUCAUUUUUUCCUUCUCUUAAUUUAUUCAACAUUGAAAUGCAAAAAUAAUUAUUUAUAUUAUAAUUAUGCUAGAUCAUAUUUUAUAUUUAUAGGUUAAUUAUUUUUAGUUUUUCUUUAUUUAUUUUUUUUUCUUUUUGCUUUAUUUAUAAAUUCCCGCCUCAUACACACUUACCAUGUUAGUCCGUUAAUCUAUUUAUUUAUUUAUUUUUCUUGUCAUUUUUUUUCUUGUCAUUUCAUAAUGUUGUUAAUAUUCAAAGUAUUUUUGUUAUCUGUUAAUAAAUUAAGUAUGUUCGCUUAAGUGCCUAUUUUUAUUUGGAACCAUGCAUCACCAAGCAGGAGUAGGUUAGCCGAACCACUGUCUCUUAGGGAUCCUGCCAACUUUUUAGUUUUUGGCAAUGAAUGCAGGAUCACGGUAGGGUGGGCGUCUGCACACAACAACAGCUGUGUUGCAUGAGAGAGUGGCUCCGUCUUCUUUGUUAACCUACCUUCCUCUCCUUCCCUUUCUCUUCUCUUUCACUAUUGUUUCAUGUAACCUUCCCAUUGCACUUCUUUUCUGUCUUCCCUUAUGUACGCGAAUUUUAAAUGUAUUAUUGUUAUAAGUGGUGCGUCCUAUUAGUUGGCCCUUUCCUUGAACCCCAUGCUAUCUGAGCAAAGCCCGGAGAAGCCAGCGCGUACGCCACACUAGUAAACCUUCCACCAGCACCAGACGAAUACUACACUAGUGAUUCGU